CUCUUCUGAUCAGAGCGCUUCCAAGAGGAUGCUCACCCCUCCACCCGAGGCGCGGCAAUUGUGUGUCCGUGAAACGCGGACAGAGAAGGUUGUCGUCGUCGAUCUGGGCGGCGGUGAUGACGAGCCCUUGGAUAAACGUCGCCAGAGCACUCUUACACAAGGCACCCUAGCGCCGGCGGCAACGGCAAGCGCUGCGCUAGACGAAAGGCGACUUACGGGUAGAUUGUCAGCCACGUCGUCUCAGCCACGUCAGCGCAACCCGGGUGAUGACGGAGGGUCCGUCCAACGCGGCGGGGGGGGGGAAGUCCUGGCAGACGCGCGCGCAGUUGGGGGCGAGCCGACAGGUGCUCCGGGUGUGGGUGCUUCAAGCACUGUGGCCCCCGUUGCAACGGCGAGAGAGGAGGCAACAGUUGUGGCGAUGGCAAGAGAGGAGGCGUGUGGCGAGAACAAAACUGAUCGGAAGGGCAGUGAGUCUGGUUCAAGCCGGGUACGUAGGGGAGUGAUGACGAAAGACCUCAUCGAUCGUGUCGUGCUUUGGGUUGAUGACAAAGCUUUCUGGACGACGGGGGAGGGGCGAAGACUAUACAACAUCGUCCACGAAACGAGAGAGUGUUUUGUCGCCAUCGCCAGCGGCCUUCCAACACUUGUCGUCCAUCAGAGCAUCGUUCUGCCCAAAUCCAACACGAGGGUAGCUAGGAUCGCCGACCCAUCACAGCUGCAGCGUGCGGCUGCAGUGGAGAACAUUGCUCUGCGCAUCUUGCACAGCUAACCGCCCACGGGGAUAUAAUGUGGCUUUCCAGUAGUCGCUCGAGUUCGUAGCGACGGACAUUGCGUG